AUGGAUGUCAAACGAUUUGAGAUACUGCCCGUUCUAGAGUCAGUUCGGCUCAAUGAGAAGAUUAACUUUCAGAUAACCUGCUUGGAAGUGAACAACAAUGAUGUUUACCUCGGCACUGCUGAUGGAUUUGUGCUUUGCUACCAAGACGUACUGGAGGCGUUUGUCACCCCUCAGCCGACACCGCAGCACCGGUAUAUGUCCACGAAGAAGGCAGUAACGCAAAUCAAGAUUGCGCCAAUUCUGGAGCGCAUACUUUGCGUGUACGAUGCCACCUUUGUGGCUCUAAACUUGAACAAUCUGGAGGUGAUCAACAGCUUGAGGAUAAAAAACAUUUACUCAUUCUGCCUGAAUGAAAAUCCUAUGCUACUGGAAGAUCCCUUCACCUUGGAGUUGUGUCUGGUGAAGAAGAAAUCUGUCUGCAUUUACCACCUGCAAGCGGACAAGUUGACACUAGUCAAGGAGGUGACGGUGCCUGAGCAGCCGAUUUUAGUCGCAAUGGACGGGUACUUUGUGUGCAUGGCUGCGGAAAACAAUUACUACAUGCUUGACUGGCAAUCUGGUGAAUGUCAGCAGCUGAUUAGCAAUGAUUCUACCUCCUCUAUGAGUCCGGUGUGCAAGCAUGUGGCCAGGAAUGAGUUCCUCAUCAAUGGCCUCUCUCACCUGGGCGUCUUUGUCAAUACGUCGGGCAUCUCAGAGAGGCCACCGAUUGACUGGGGAAUGGAUGUGAAGCGCAUCGCCUACUCGUACCCAUUCAUUCUCUGUCUGAAGCAGUACUCCAUCACCAUAAUUAGUGUGAUUGACUCUCAGAUGAAGGAAGAGAUUCCGUUUGAAAACGGCGCCUACAUUGACAAUUUUGAUGGCAAAAUUGUGAUAGCUUCAAGCGACAGUAUCUUCUAUCUUCGACGUCUUCCCUGGGAAGAGCAGAUUGAUUCACUGCUUGACAGUGGAAAAUCUCAAGAAGCAAUUGAGCUUUGUGAUACCCUUUCAGAAAAUGGACUAAUCUCCAAUCGGGACUUUGAAAAUACCAAACUAGUUCAGGUGAAGGCUGAACUGGAGGAGCUUUCGCAGGACAACGAAUCUGCUUUUCUCUAUGGCCAAACGGGAGAUCAUGCAAAGAAAUGGCCCAGAUAUGGUGAAGCCACUGUUGAACCUAGUCAACCACUCGCUCUGUCAGUUUGA